GGCCCGGCCCUAUAAAGGCCGCACGGCUAGGCGCGCGCUCCACUCCGCGGAGGGCGCCCCGCGGGCCGUGCCGUGCGCCUGCGCAGUGCGGGCCGCUCCCCGCCCCCUUGCCCCGCUGCCCCUCCGCCGGCCGGCCGGGCCCCGCCUCGGCUCCGCGCCCUCGCCCUGCUCUUAGCCGCCGCUCUGCCCCGCAGCAGCCAGCCCCGUCCGCGGCAGCAUGUUCAGCUGGGUCAGCAAAGAUGCCCGCCGCAAGAAGGAGCCGGAGCUCUUCCAGACGGUGGCCGAGGGGCUGCGGCAGCUGUACGCGCAGAAGCUGCUGCCCCUGGAGGAGCACUACCGCUUCCACGAGUUCCACUCGCCCGCGCUGGAGGACGCUGACUUCGACAACAAGCCCAUGGUGCUCCUCGUGGGCCAGUACAGCACGGGCAAGACCACCUUCAUCCGGCACCUGAUCGAGCAGGACUUCCCAGGAAUGCGCAUCGGGCCCGAGCCCACCACCGACUCUUUCAUCGCGGUCAUGCACGGCCCCACCGAGGGCGUGGUGCCGGGCAACGCGCUUGUAGUCGACCCGCGGCGCCCCUUCCGCAAGCUCAACGCCUUCGGCAACGCCUUCCUCAACAGGUUCAUGUGUGCCCAGCUGCCCAACCCGGUCCUGGACAGCAUAAGCAUCAUCGACACUCCUGGGAUCCUGUCUGGAGAGAAACAGCGCAUCAGCAGAGGUUAUGACUUUGCUGCCGUCCUGGAGUGGUUCGCCGAGCGGGUCGACCGCAUCAUCCUGCUCUUCGACGCCCACAAGCUGGACAUCUCUGACGAGUUCUCCGAGGUCAUCAAGGCCCUCAAGAACCAUGAGGACAAGAUCCGCGUGGUGCUGAACAAAGCUGACCAGAUCGAGACCCAGCAGCUGAUGCGGGUCUACGGGGCUCUCAUGUGGUCCCUGGGGAAGAUCAUCAACACCCCCGAGGUGGUCAGGGUAUACAUCGGCUCCUUCUGGUCCCACCCGCUCCUCAUCCCUGACAAUCGCAAGCUUUUUGAGGCAGAGGAGCAGGACCUCUUCAAAGACAUCCAGUCUCUGCCCCGAAACGCUGCCCUCAGGAAGCUCAAUGACCUGAUCAAGCGGGCACGGCUGGCCAAGGUGCACGCUUACAUCAUCAGCUCCCUCAAGAAGGAGAUGCCCAACGUGUUCGGGAAAGAGAGCAAAAAGAAGGAGCUGGUGAACAACUUGGGAGAGAUCUAUCAGAAGAUCGAGCGGGAGCAUCAGAUCUCCCCCGGGGACUUCCCGAACCUCCGCAAGAUGCAGGAGCUCCUGCAGACUCAGGACUUCAGCAAGUUCCAGGCCUUGAAGCCUAAGCUGCUGGACACAGUGGACGACAUGCUGGCCAACGACAUCGCCCGGCUGAUGGUGAUGGUGCGCCAGGAGGAGUCCCUGAUGCCCUCCCAGGCCGUGAAGGGCGGUGCCUUCGACGGCACCAUGAACGGGCCCUUUGGGCACGGCUACGGCGAGGGGGCCGGCGAGGGCAUCGACGAUGUGGAGUGGGUGGUGGGCAAGGACAAGCCCACCUACGAUGAGAUCUUCUACACACUGUCGCCCGUCAACGGCAAGAUCACGGGCGCCAACGCCAAGAAGGAGAUGGUGAAGUCCAAGCUGCCCAACACAGUGCUGGGGAAGAUCUGGAAGCUGGCCGAUGUGGACAAGGAUGGGCUGCUGGAUGACGAGGAGUUUGCCCUGGCCAACCACCUCAUCAAAGUCAAGCUGGAGGGCCACGAGCUGCCCGCCGACCUGCCCCCGCACCUGAUCCCACCCUCCAAGCGGAGGCACGAGUGACCGCCCGGCCGGGCCCACCGGGGGGAGGCGAGGGGCUGGAAAGACUGAGCAGAGUUUCCUCAGCUCUCAGAAAGGAAAACCACCAUCUUUCUUUUCAGGCUGUUCGCAGGCCCAGCAGGGAGGCGGGUGAUACUUGUAUGUGAAUGAUGGAAUUUUGUGCACAAGAACUAUGGAUAUUUUUAAUAUAUAACGUUAGAGGCAGCGUU